AAAAGCCGGGGCUGCCUGCGCUGCUGCUGCUGCCGCUCCUGCUGCAGCGUCCGCGAUGCCGGCCCGCACCGCCCCAGCCCGUGUGCCUGCUCUGGCCGCCCCGGCCAUCUCGCUGCCCGACGAUGUCCGUAGGCGGCUCAAAGAUUUGGAAAGAGACAGCUUGACAGAGAAGGAGUGCGUGAGGGAGAAGUUGAAUCUCUUGCAUGAAUUUCUGCAAACGGAAAUAAAGAAUCAGUUGUGUGACUUGGAAACCAAGUUGCAUAAGGAAGAGCUCUCCGAGGAGGGCUACCUGGCUAAAGUCAAAUCCCUUUUAAAUAAAGAUUUGUCCUUGGAGAACGGAGCUCACGCCUUGAGCCGAGACGCCAACGGCUGUGUGGGAAACGGGAGCCAGGCAAGCGGCGAAGAGCGGAGAGCGGGCAUGGCGGAACCCAGCAGCCCCCCCAGAGCCAGCGCCAAGGCUCGCACGCCCAGGAGAAGCAAGGCCGACGGCGAGCCCAAGCUGGAAGACUUACCGGGCCCCAUGGUGACAAGGAGGAUCACCAGGCAGACCACCAUCACGUCUCACUUUGCCAAGGGCCCUGCUAAACGGAAACCCGAGGAGGAGUCGGAAAAAGCCAAGUCGGAUGAGUCCAUUGAUGAAGAGGAAAAGGACCAGGAUGAGAAGAGACGGAGAGUCAGAUCCAAAGAACGAGCCACCGAACCUCUUCCUGCAGAAGAACCGGACAAGACGACCCCAGGAGCCCUCGCCGUAAAGGAAGGAGAGAGGAAUGAACAAGAAGAAAAGCGGCUCAGGAGUCAGGCCAAAGACCUGACACCCAAACCGAAACCCGAGGAGGAGCCGGACCAGGAAGCCGGACCAGAAGCUCAGGCCGAGAUGGAGGAAGACGACGAUGAGAAAGACGAAAGGAGGCCCAGAAGUCAACCCAAAGAUCUAGCCGCCAAACGGAGACCGGAGGAGAAAGAACCUGAGCGGGCGAACCCACAAACCUCUGACGAACGGGAUGAGGAUGAGAAGGAGGAGAAGAGACGCAAAACUACGCCCAAAGAACCAACUGAGAAAAAAGUGGCUCGAACCAAAGUCGCGGUGAGCUCCAAGUCCCAGCCUCCCAAGUGCGUCCAGUGUGGGCAGUACCUGGACGACCCGGAUCUCAAGUACGAGCAGCACCCCCCGGAUGCGCUGGAGGAGCCGCAGAUGCUGACGAAUGAGAAGCUGUCCAUCUUCGAUGCCAACGAGUCUGGCUUUGAGAGUUAUGAGGCCCUCCCCCAGCACAAACUGACCUGCUUCAGCGUGUACUGUAAGCACGGCCACCUGUGCCCCAUCGACACCGGCCUCAUCGAGAAGAACGUGGAGCUGUGCUUCUCGGGGUCCGCGAAGCCGAUCUACGAGGACAACCCGUCGCAGGAAGGCGGUGUCAAUGGCAAGAACCUUGGCCCCAUCAAUGAGUGGUGGAUCACGGGCUUCGACGGCGGGGAGAAGGCCCUCAUCGGCUUCAGCACCUCGUUCGCCGAGUACAUCCUCAUGGACCCCAGCCCCGACUACGCGCCCAUCUUCGGGCUGAUGCAGGAGAAGAUCUACAUCAGCAAGAUCGUGGUCGAGUUCCUGCAGAGCAAUCCCGACUCCACCUACGAGGACCUCAUCAACAAGAUCGAGACCACCGUUCCCCCUUCCUCGCUGAACCUGAACCGCUUCACGGAGGAUUCUCUGCUUCGCCAUGCCCAGUUCGUGGUGGGACAGGUGGAGAGCUACGACGAGGCCAAGGACAGCGACGAGCAGCCCAUCUUCCUGACCCCCUGCAUGCGAGACCUGAUCAAGCUGGCCGGGGUCACCCUGGGGCAAAGGCGGGCGGAGCGGCGGCAGACCAUCAGGCACUCCGCCAAGGAGAAGGACAAGGGGCCCACGAAGGCCACCACCACGAAGCUGGUGUACCAGAUCUUCGACACCUUCUUUGCUGAGCAGAUCGAGAAGGAUGACCGAGAGGACAAGGAGAACGCCUUCAAACGCCGGCGCUGUGGUGUCUGCGAGGUUUGCCAGCAGCCCGAGUGUGGGAAGUGCAAGGCGUGCAAGGACAUGGUGAAGUUCGGGGGCAGUGGCCGGAGCAAGCAGGCCUGCCAGGAGAGGCGGUGCCCGAACAUGGCCAUGAAGGAGGCCGAUGACGACGAGGAGGUGGACGACAACAUCCCAGAGAUGCCCUCCCCCAGGAAGAUGCACCAGGGCAAGAAGAAGAAGCAGAACAAGAGCCGCAUCUCCUGGAGUGGGGACGCGGUCAAGGUCGACGGGAAGAAGAGUUACUACGAGAAGGUGUGCAUCGACGCGGAGACCCUGGAGGUGGGGGACUGCGUCUCUGUGAUCCCGGAUGACUCCUCCAAGCCCCUGUACUUGGCCAGAGUGACAGCCCUGUGGGAGGACAGCAGCAACGGGCAGAUGUUCCACGCCCACUGGUUCUGCGCCGGCACCGACACGGUCCUGGGGGCCACGUCGGACCCCCGGGAGCUGUUCCUGGUGGACGAGUGUGAGGACAUGCAGCUGUCGUACAUCCACAGCAAGGUGAAGGUGGUCUACAAGGCGCCCUCGGAGAACUGGGCCAUGGAGGGAGGCAUGGACCCCGAGUCCAUGCUGGCAGGGGAUGACGACGGCAAGACCUACUUCUACCAGCUGUGGUACGACCAGGACUACGCGAGGUUCGAGUCUCCCCCCAAGACCCAGCCCACGGAGGACAACAAGUACAAGUUCUGCGCCAGCUGUGCCCGCCUGGCCGAAAUGCGGCAGAAAGAAAUCCCCAGGGUCCUGGAGCAGCUCGAAGACCUGGACACCCGGGUGCUCUACAGCUCCGCCACCAAGAACGGCGUCCUGUACCGUGUGGGCGACGGCGUGUACCUGCCCCCUGAGGCCUUCACGUUCAACAUCAAGCUGUCCAGUCCCGUGAAGCGGCCGCGGAAGGAGCCCGUGGACGAGGACCUGUACCCGGAACACUACCGGAAGUACUCGGACUACAUCAAGGGCAGCAACCUGGACGCGCCCGAGCCCUACCGCAUCGGCCGCAUAAAGGAGAUCUUCUGUGCCAAGAAGAGCAACGGCCGGCCCAACGAGACCGACAUCAAGAUCCGGGUCAACAAGUUCUACAGGCCAGAGAACACGCACAGGUCCACGCCCGCGAGCUACCACGCAGACAUCAACCUGCUGUACUGGAGCAACGAGGAGGCCGUGGUGGACUUCAAGGCCGUGCAGGGCCGCUGCACCGUGGAGUACGGGGAGGACCUGCCCGAGUGCCUGCAGGACUACUCGGACGGCGGCCCUGACCGCUUCUACUUCCUCGAGGCCUACAAUGCCAAGAGCAAGAGCUUCGAGGACCCCCCGAAUCAUGCCCGCAGCCCUGGGAACAAGGGCAAGGGCAAAGGGAAAGGGAAAAGCAAGACCAGGUCCCCGACGAGUGAGCCGAGCGAGCCGGAGCUGGACAUCAAGCUGCCCAAGCUACGGACGCUGGACGUCUUCUCGGGCUGCGGGGGGCUGUCGGAGGGCUUCCAUCAGGCGGGCAUCUCGGAGACGCUGUGGGCCAUCGAGAUGUGGGAGCCGGCGGCCCAGGCGUUCCGGCUCAACAACCCCGGCUCCACGGUGUUCACGGAGGACUGCAACGUGCUGCUGAAGCUGGUCAUGGCCGGCGAGAAGACCAACUCCCUGGGCCAGCGGCUGCCGCAGAAGGGCGACGUGGAGAUGCUGUGCGGCGGGCCACCGUGCCAGGGCUUCAGCGGCAUGAACCGCUUCAACUCGCGCACCUACUCCAAGUUCAAGAACUCCCUGGUGGUCUCCUUCCUCAGCUACUGCGACUACUACCGGCCGCGCUUCUUCCUGCUGGAGAACGUGCGCAACUUCGUGUCCUUCAAGCGCUCCAUGGUCCUGAAGCUCACCCUGCGCUGCCUGGUCCGCAUGGGCUACCAGUGCACCUUCGGCGUGCUGCAGGCCGGUCAGUACGGCGUGGCGCAGACGCGCAGGCGGGCCAUCAUCCUGGCCGCGGCGCCCGGCGAGAAGCUGCCCCUGUUCCCCGAGCCGCUGCACGUGUUUGCGCCCCGGGCCUGCCAGCUGAGCGUCGUGGUGGAUGACAAGAAGUUCGUCAGCAACAUCACCAGGUUGAGCUCCGGGCCGUUCCGAACCAUCACCGUGCGGGACACCAUGUCCGACCUGCCUGAGAUCCGGAACGGCGCCUCGGCGCCCGAGAUCUCCUACAACGGGGAGCCGCAGUCCUGGUUCCAGCGGCAGCUGCGGGGCGCGCAGUACCAGCCCAUCCUCAGGGACCACAUCUGCAAGGACAUGAGCGCGCUGGUGGCCGCCCGCAUGCGCCACAUCCCGCUGGCCCCCGGCUCCGACUGGCGGGACCUGCCCAACAUCGAGGUGCGCCUGUCGGACGGCACCCUGGCCAAGAAGCUGCGCUACACCCACCACGACCGCAAGAACGGCCGCAGCAUCUCGGGCGCCCUCCGCGGGGUCUGCUCCUGCGUGGAAGCGGGCAAGGCGUGCGACCCCAUGGCCAGGCAGUUCAACACCCUCAUCCCCUGGUGCCUGCCCCACACGGGCAACAGGCACAACCACUGGGCCGGCCUCUACGGGCGGCUCGAGUGGGACGGCUUCUUCAGCACCACCGUCACCAACCCCGAGCCCAUGGGCAAGCAGGGCCGCGUGCUGCACCCCGAGCAGCACCGCGUGGUGAGCGUGCGGGAGUGCGCCCGCUCCCAGGGCUUCCCCGACACCUACCGGCUCUUCGGCAACAUCCUGGACAAGCACCGGCAGGUGGGCAACGCCGUGCCGCCUCCCCUGGCCAAGGCCAUCGGCUUGGAGAUCAAGCUGUGUAUGCUGGCCAGAGCGCGCGAGAGCGCCUCAGCCAAGGUGAAGCAGGAGGACCAGGCCGCCCAGGACUAGCCCCGCCCGCCAGCUCGCGCCGUCCUCGAGCCGCGUGCCCAGUCCGGGCCGUGCGCUGUGCGUGGCCCCGGCCGCCGAGGGGCUGUCGCGAGGUGUGCGUCCCGGCUGCCGGCGUCGGCAGGCGCUCCGUGCAGUUCUCCGUGCGCUCCGGAUUUUAAAAGUUUUUUAUUACGCAUUAUAUCAAAUGACCACUGUCCAGGUGGAAAUUAAGACUUUAUGUAGUUUUUAUAUGUUGUAAUAUUUCCUCAAAUAAAUCUCUCCUAUAA